CUCCGGCCUGUUAGGACAUGGGCAUGGCAGACAGUUCCUCUUGUCACAGAGCAAGGCGUGUUCGAUAAAUCUUUUACCCAGGAUACUGCAGACAAUUGGUUCCAAAGUUCAAGGGUAAGAAAAAACCAGGAGCACAGAGCGGAGGAGUGGAGCGCCAGAGGAGGACGAGUGUCAGGGUGAUUCAUUUGGGAAAUUAGAAAGAAUUCAGUCAUUGGUGUCGACAGGAAUAAAGACAGUCAAGACAAAACAUGGCCGACAGCACGAGUCCCAAAGGAAACUCUGGGGACUUUACAAAGAAAGUCCAGAGACGACUGAGCAGAGGCAAAGAGAAGGUUCUACAAAAGCUUGGAAAAGCUGAGGAGAGCAGAGAUGAUCAGUUUGAACAUUAUCACCAGUUGUUUAUUGACCAGCAGGCUGAUGGGAACCGGAUACACAAAGACCUGAGGAGCUACAUCAACGCAGUCAGAGACAUGCGUGAAGCAUCGAGGCGUCUUUCCCAGUCUCUGUUUGACGCCUAUGAAAACGACUGGGCUGGAGAGGAGGACCUGGGCUCUAUCGUAGAGGGGGAGGAUCUCCUGUGGAACGACUACGAGGUGAAGCUGCUGGACCAGGCCGUGCGCACCAUGGAGUCCUACGCCGGCCAGUUCCCAGAUGUCAAGGAGAAAGUUGCCAAGAGGGGAAGAAAACUGGUCGACUACGACUCUUCCCGUCACCACCUGGAGGCGCUGCAGGCUGCAAAGAAGAGGGAUGACGUCAAGAUAAACAAGGCAGAGGAGGAGAUGGUUUAUGCCAAACGUGUCUAUGAGAGCUUCAACAAUGAGCUAAAGGAAGAGAUGCCUGUGCUCUACGACAGCCGCGUCGGAUGCUACGUGGCUGUCUUCUCUGCCGUGUCCAAUUUACGAGACAUCUUCUAUAAGGAAAUGAGCACGCUCAAUAUUGAUCUGCAGAAUGUGAUAAAGGAUCUGCAGGCUCAGCAUCCAGAGAAAGUGUUUGCUGUGAAGGGGAUACAGCGUUACGGCUCCUUGAGGAGACGAACCCUGAUGUCCCCGAAGGCCUGGAAAGCCAGCUUCUCUGAGUUUCACAAGAGCUACACUCCGAAACCUGGGCAGAAGUUUGGUCUCAGGUCCCCAGACAAACCUCGCCGCAGCACUUUGACCAGAGAGGGCAGCACCCUGUCCAGAGAGGGCAGCACCCUGUCCAGAGAGGGCAGCACCCUGUCCAGAGAGAGCAGCACCCUCACUGUCAACCCACAACUACCAUCUCUGGAAAGCCCUGACGCUGAGUCCGAGGACCUGGACCUGGAAUCAAGCCUCAGUGAGAGCCAGACUUCUCCUGCAAAGGAACAGAAGUCAGGAGAAGACAGCAAUCCAGAGGAGAAGGAGAAGGGAGAGAGAGAAGUCAAGUCUGAGCUGGAGCCUCCUGCAGAAUCUGAUGCUAAAGGAGAUGGUGAGGAAGCUCCGGCGAGUGACAGCAGCUCAGAACUGAACAACUCCUGUGAUUCUGAGAGCCUGGAGCUGCAGCUGUCGGCGGCUGACACCGGCCCGCUGCACAUUGAAGAGAGAGAAGACAGCCCGGUGACCCUCAGCACUCUGAAAUCAAAUGGACUGGAGAACCGGGAAGUUUCUGGACUCAACUCGGACACCAAGGACCUGGGUUCUCCUCACAAGGACACUGCUGCAGAUACACAGACGUCCCAUGAUCCCAAAAGCACAGAGGUCUAGAGUUUCCACACUUCAUGAGGAAAGCACAAAGGAGCUCAAAGUCAACAGCUGCACGAGAGGGAAAAUGUGGAGGCAGCUGCACUGAAACGCCAACGAGCGAAACGACUGAUGUUCUGUGCAGAACUUGUUGCUUUUAGUUUUUUUAUUUAUCUUUUAUUGAAAUCAGUUGUGAAUACAUUUGGUUUUACUGUAAUUACCCUUAAGAGAUUUAUUGUAUACGCACCCAUUGCAUUAUAUCCUGUGCUGACAGGUACAGGUAGUUUGUCUAAUAUUCCAAAGAUAAAUGUACUAUUAGUUUUACAUUGCUAGAAUUUUCUGUUUCAGUUUGACUUAGAGGUUUGAUUCUUUCUACUCACUCCCAAUGGGAACCCAUCAAUUAUCCAGUUUAUUUAAUUAUUUUAUGCACAUUUUAAGCUAAGAUAUAUGUGAAUUAACUUGUUCUCAAAACUGAAUAAAAGAACCUUUUGAUUAGAA